GGCCUCCCAAAGCGCUGGGAUUACAGGCGUGAGCCACCACGCCCGGCCCGGAGUUACCUUUGUUUCUCUAUCAUUGUAAAUUUAGAUUCUGGAAUUGGGGUUUGGUGGUGUGAUGUGUUGCUCACAUGUGCCCGGAACUGCUGUUCCUAAAAGGACUUUGAGAUCAAGGAACACAUAUUUAAUCUCCCCUUUAUGGCUUGGUUUUAGUUCCUCUUUCCAAGUUGAAUAACCAGUUUUUCAUGGCUGUUUUGUUUAAGUUGGUGUUGUGAUGCUUAAUCUCAGUACCCUUAACUCUGAAUUGUCAAAUUUUGAUAAAAUGUGUGCCCUUUUUUUUUUUUUUGGUAAGAGAAAGCAGGUCUUAAUGUCUGCCAGAACACAAUUUAUUUGCCUUGUUGGCUCCAUUAAACUUUUACAAAGCUUUGAGUACAUAUAUAUCUUACUUUCCCAAAGUCUCCCCCAGUCCCUCUUUGGGCUUGAGAUGUUCUACUGUAUUUCUCACCUGUCAUUCUUGCCCCAGGUAUGCGUGGGGUUGUAGUCACCCUCCAGCUUUGCCUAGCAGUGCUCACAACCAUUUCCCUGACUUCCCAUCUGAGCUCUGAGCUCAGAGUCAGGUGAAACAGAGAUCUGUUCCUCAGGCAGCCCAGGACAGAUUAGGAUGUUGCAGAAAGGUCCGCUCUGCUGCCUCCAGUUCAAGGGAAGGAAUUGGGAACCGGGCUGCUGCUUUCAUCAGGCGGCGCCGUGCUGGGGAGGCAUGGGGCAGGAGUGAGUGAAGCACCGCAGAGUUCCUGACAUCCUGAAUGUGACUGCUUCUGGGCUGGGCAUUCUGUUGGUUGCUGUAGAUCGUUGUCUGUUUUGCAGAGCUCCUAUACAAUAUUUUAACCAGUCUCUAGUUGUUUUUAAUGUUUCUCUGUGGGGGAACGAGGGCCUUUGAGCUUCUUCUUUUACCGUCUUGCUGUGUCCUCUCCCUGUUAAUGGAUUUUCUACAGGAUUCUGUUGUGUGUCUGGUGACGUUAUAGAAGGUGCAGGGGUGGAGGAGCAGCCUCUUCCAUUCUAAAGAAGGGCUUGGAUACCAUGCUGGGCAGCAGCAGCACAAGACAAACUGAGUCCCUGCCCUGGGGGCUCAUGGCCUAGAUGGGAGACACAUACCUACAGGAACCAAGUCUAUUAAUACUGGUUUCAUCACAGCUGGUGGUGGGUAAAGGGAGCUCAGAGAGUAUGUGAUGGGGCAUGUGAAGGUUGGGGGCAUCCGGGAAGGGGGUGGCAGUGACAUUUCAGUGGAGGUUUCAGAAUGAAAACACGGUGCCAGGGUGGUGGACCAGUAUUCUGGGAAUGGGUAUCAGUCUGUGCCAGGGGCCUGAGGCAGGGAGAGGCUGAGUUCUAGGGGCAGAAGGCGACACUGUUCUCAGAGCACUGUGGGCAAGGACAGAAGAGUGCGAUGAAGCAGCAGGGGCUGACAGGAACAGGCCCAGGCAGAGGCUGCAACAUGAUCCUGAGAGCUGUAGGAAGCUCCUGAGUGUGGUGGGACCCAGGCCCAACAUAGGGCUGGGGAGGGGCUGCACCUUGGCACCUGCCAGGAGAGCCUUUUUGCAGCCCUGCCCAUGGCAGAUGCUCAAGGAAGGGUGGUUUUCCUGUCUCCUGCCCCAGUGUGGGUAGCCAGGCCACUGGUGAGGCUUCUUCCCUCGGCACGGGGCACUGUGGCAGUGCUUGCCUUACCUCUCUGGGCCUGAGGAUAGCCAGCUGUGGCCACAGGUGGGACCUCAGUAAGGAGGGGCCAGGAAGGGCCUGCUCCCUGUGCUCUGCCCCACGGGCCCUGUCCUUCCAUUCUGCUGUGCCCAAACAGCCUCAGGUAGUGCAGGUCGCUGCUGACUUGCCCCUUGGAUUGCCACUGCCCCCUCCUCAGCAGUGCAGCCAUGCUGUCCUUGGCUCCACAGAGAUGUCACCUCCUGCUGCCCUUCUGUAAAGCCCGCGUGUGGCAUGUGCUUUCUUUGCAGCCUGUUCUGAGCACACUGAAUCCCCAAAGUCACGAGGGGCUCUCCCAUGAGCAGCCCCACCUUACAGAUGAGGCUGGCCCCCUCGAGGGGCAUCUUGCCCACUGUCAUACGUGGCUGCAGGCAGAACCGGUACCCCUUCCAGCCCGGCACCCUCCUGACCCCUGCUCCCCUCGGAGUGGCCACUCACCAGGACCGCCUGAGAGAGUGAGCGGGGGACAGGCUGAUGGACGUUCCCCAGGGUUGGCGGCCCUAGAGUCGGCCCACGCUUCUUGCCCUUUGAAGCCUCAGGUUCCUACAGGCUGCCUCACACUGGAGCAGCCAAUGAAACUUGAACAAAUGCUUUCAUUUUGGGUGUAUUGAUCCAAAAAUAAUGGUACCCAAUGAAUUUUUUGCUACUCUAGUAGAAUUUUUGUAGGCUUUGGAAGUACACAGACAAUAUUAUCUCCUUGGCAGAAAUGGGCUACGUGAAUGAAAAAAGGUAUUCGUUAUGAAACUUCCAGAAAAACGAGCUACAUUUUUCAGCAGCCGCAGCACGGUCCUUGGCAGACAAGGAUGAGAAAAAUAUCCAACCACGGGAGCCUGCGGGUGGCGAAGGUGGCAUACCCCCUGGGGCUGUGUGUGGGCCUGUUCAUCUAUGUUGCCUACAUCAAGUGGCACCGGGCCACCGCCACCCAGGCCUUCUUCAGCAUCACCAGGGCAGCCCCGGGGACCCGGUGGGGUCAGCAGGCCCACAGUCCCCAGGGGACAGCUGCAGACGGGCACGAGGUCUUCUACGGGAUCAUGUUUGAUGCAGGAAGCACUGGCACCCGAGUACACGUCUUCCAGUUCGCCCGGCCCCCCAGAGAAACUCCCACCUUGACCCAUGAAACCUUCAAAGCACUGAAGCCAGGUCUUUCUGCCUAUGCUGAUGAUGUUGAAAAGAUGCAGCCCACGUGUCCCCACAGAAUCACACCUGUCUACAACACCCGGCCGCCUUCCAGGCCUUCACUCUCAUGCACACACCCUAUCCAGCCUUGGGUUCUGGAUCCAGCACUCUGGCAGAGCGCUCAGGGAAUCCAGGAACUACUGGAUGUUGCUAAACAGGACAUUCCAUUCGACUUCUGGAAGGCCACCCCUCUGGUCCUCAAGGCCACAGCUGGCUUACGCCUGUUACCUGGAGAAAAGGCCCAGAAGUUACUACAGAAGGUGAAAGAAGUGUUUAAAGCAUCGCCUUUCCUUGUAGGGGAUGACUGUGUUUCCAUCAUGAACGGAACAGAUGAAGGCGUUUCGGCAUGGAUCACCGUCAACUUCCUGACAGGCAGCUUGAAAACUCCAGGAGGGAGCAGCGUGGGCAUGCUGGACUUGGGCGGAGGAUCCACUCAGAUUGCCUUCCUGCCACGCGUAGAGGGCACCCUGCAGGCCUCCCCACCCGGCUACCUGACGGCACUGCGGAUGUUUAACAGGACCUACAAACUCUAUUCCUACAGCUACCUCGGGCUCGGGCUGAUGUCGGCACGCCUGGCGAUCCUGGGCGGCGUGGAGGGGCAGCCUGCUAAGGAUGGAAAGGAGUUGGUCAGCCCUUGCUUGUCUCCCAGUUUCAAAGGAGAGUGGGAACACGCAGAAGUCACAUACAGGGUUUCGGGGCAGAAAGCAGUGGCAAGCCUGCACGAGCUGUGUGCUGCCAGAGUGUCAGAGGUCCUUCGGAACAGAGUGCACAGGACGGAGGAAGUAAAGCAUGUGGACUUCUAUGCUUUCUCCUACUACUACGACCUUGCAGCUGGUGUGGGCCUCAUAGAUGCGGAGAAGGGAGGCAGCCUGGUGGUGGGGGACUUUGAGAUCGCAGCCAAGUACGUGUGUCGGACCCUGGAGACACAGCCACAGAGCAGCCCCUUUGCGUGCAUGGACCUCACCUACGUCAGCUUGCUACUCCAGGAGUUUGGCUUUCCCAGGAGCAAAGUGCUGAAGCUCACUCGGAAAAUUGACAAUGUUGAGACCAGCUGGGCUCUGGGGGCCAUUUUUCAUUACAUCGACUCCCUGAACAGACAGAAGAGUCCAGCCUCAUAGCGGCCGAGCCACCCCUGUCCCCGUCAGCAGUGUCUGCAUAAAUCCUCCUGUCCUGGACGUGACUUCAUCCUGAGGAGCCACAGUACAGGCCGUGGUAGCACUUUCUGCACACUGACUCUGGGACUUGCAGAAGGCCUGGUGCUGCCCUGGCAUCAGCCUCUUCCAGUAACAUCUGGCCAGAGGGCUGUCUGGACCUGGGCCCUGCCCAAUGCCCCCUGCCUGCCUGGGCUCCAAGUGGGCAGGACCAGGACAGAACCACAGGCACACACUGAGGGGCAGCAUGGUUCCCUGCCUACCCCAUCCCCGUGCCCCGUCCGCGGGGCUGUGGCUGCUGCCGUGCGUGUCCCUGUGAUGGGAGUCUUGUCUCCCAACCUGUCAGUUUCCUCCCCAGGGCAGAUCUCCCCUUCCUGCGAGAGUCUGGGAGGUGGUGCAGGCUGUCCUGGCUGCUCUGGGGAAGCCAAGGGACAGCCAUCACACCCCUGAGACAGUGGGUCUGGGCGGCACCACUGGCAACUCUGGACUUGAGCGUGUUUGCCUCUUCCUUGGGUAUGAAUGUGUGAGUUCACCCAGAGGCCUGCUCUCCUCACACCCUGUGUGGUUUGGGGUUAAUGAUGGAGGGAGACACCUCCUCAUGAAUGGCAAGUGCCCACUCUUCAGGGAAUCUCCCAGCAUGGGCGAUGCCAGGCGUGAGCUGCUGUAAACAAUUUGUGGCUGUGCUGCUUGAGUGACGUCUCUGUCAUGUGGGCGCCAAGUGCUUGUGUAGAAACUGUGUUCUGAGCCCCCUUUUCUGGACACCGACUGUGUCCUGUGAAUGUAUCGCUACUGUGAACCGUUGCCACCUAGCCAGGGCCAUGUCUUAGACGCAGCUGUGCUGCGGGUCGGCUGAGCCACAGUCCCAGAACCAAGCUCUCGGUGUCUCGGGCCACAGUCCAUCCACCUCGGGCUGACCCCACCUCCUCCAUGGACAGUGUGAGCCCCGAGCCAUGCGUCCUGCUCAGUGUGGCAUGGGUGCCCAGGGCCGAGCCCGCCCCGCUGCUUCAGUGAAUGUACAGUGCCCGGCACGAGCUGAACCUCAUGUGUUCUACUCCCAAUAAAAGGUUGACAGGGGCU